CCAGGCUAUUCGUACAUUCUGCACGCCCCUCGGGCGCUCCUAAUACCUCCUCAUCUUGUCAACUAAUCGCCAACUACAUGAACUUUCUCUUCACUCCAAAUCAUAUUUCACUCUUGAACUCAUGCUAUCCGCCGACUUCUUCCUUAUUGACCGCCGGACCCGACUACUCUCCCAACUCCCAAGAAUUAAGCCGUUUGACCUACUAUGCCUCGAAUCAUCCUGGCAAGCUGGCGAAGUUUGGGAGCGAACUGGAGAAACGGGUCAAGGCAGAGGCUAGGAAAGCUCAGUCCGGAAACAUGCGCAUGAGAGCGUCUUUACUCAUAACACUCGCUAUACUUCGGGCCCUGGCCACAGAGUGUAGACGCGAUAUCGGUCUCUUCUCCCCACCACUUAUCGCUUCGAUUGCUGCCACGGUCAAUGCUGUGCCGGGCGACCUCGAGGUUGUGGCGCGAGCUGCUAGUGUGUUCACGGCAUGGACGACUUUUACGGACGGACAUUUGAUCGGCGCCGACAGCAAUAUGACGAAGGAGUACCUUUCGACGUUAGCGACGUUUGCAGACCUGAGUUGUUCAAAAUCCAAGGAUCAGGAGGUUCGAAAUCGGACGCGUUUGAUUGGAUUGGCCGCGCUCACAGGAGCUCUCAACUCCGAAGCGUUGUAUAACGACUCUGUGCAAUUCCGCGCCCAAGUUGCUGUUAUGAUGAAACCUAUUCUGGAUACGAUUUUCCAAGCACCCAUACACGUGUUAGAGCAGCAAGCAGACGCAGUCAAGGAGGCACCCGCUUCUCCGUAUCUCGCUGAAUUCCGGACGAGACCUGCAUUGGAACGACGAGCAGCUUCGAUUCAUGUCCACGUCGACGGCGACACGGGACCAUCCUCAUCGGAGGUGUCAAACGCCGCCCUGCGAGCGUUGUUUUGUCUGCUCGAGCAUGCAAGCGGAAGCCAACUGGGACAUAUCAUGCGUGCCUCACUGGAUAGCUUGACCCUGGAGUUGGAAAAAUGGGAUCAGGCUGAGCAUUGCUGUUGGUUUGCGAAGACGACGGUGGAGUGGGCCCAAUACCAAUAUCGAUAUGCGAUCCCGACAUGGCUGGUGGAAAGGCUAUGUGAAAAUCAGAACGCCAGCAAUCCCCUCAUGCUGAUGACCCUGACGUCGAUGGUCACAGCUGUCUUCAACUCGAGCACUCCGCUCGUAAAUCUCUCCACCUCUGAUGUCAUCUCCAACCUGAUGAACCUGCUACUACGGACCAAUUUCGAGGACGGGGAUCCGCUGAUACCUGCACUCGUAGAGUGCAUAUCGUCCUUAGGAAGGCACGUAUAUUACUCUGACCAGAUCCAAGACCUUGCGGGCGAAAUAAUCAACCGCAUAGUGGCCGUCGAGGUUCAGGGUGCUCUUAGUCUGGGCAAGCAGAGUCGCUCUCAAGCCCUGCGUUCGUUGAUCAGCGGGCUGCUUGGUCUCAUCCACUCAGCUGAGAAGGUUGAAGCCGCUAAGGAGCGCUCUUUGGCGGAUCCUCCUCGGCGAAGGCGAUCGUCGUCUCUACCAGUAGCCUCGCCAGCGUCUCAGAUAGCAAACCCAGACCUGAGCGCGCACGGUGCUUCACGGCGAACCAAAGUGCCGCCUGACAUCUGGCAAGACACUCUGAGCCUCCUUUGUAACGGCGAUUACGGUGUGCGGGCGGACUAUUCAUUGGGCCUGAUCUAUUACCUCGAGCACGAGAUUCCUGCAAUGGGGGACAAGACGGAGAGCGGCGGUGUCAAACGCAUACGACGAAUCGUGGACUCGCCUUUCCCCCACUCGGCGGAUGUCUCGGUACUCCUGAAUAUGGGCGACUUUGGAACCAAGUUUCUGAAUGCUAUCCAUGCCCAUGUAUAUGCCCUUGCGACCUCGCCAACGCUGGGCAUAGCCACUCCCGAGGGAUCCAUGUCCAAUGGUCCCAUUACGUCUGAGCCAGAAGGAACUGCAUCGGAAGGAUCGGAACUGAAUGCCCCCAGCCACGGUCGGCGUUCGGUCAGCUCGCAGGUGCCGAGAGCGCGGAAGGUCUCUGUCGUGCAGCGACUGCUCGAACGCGCACCGUCUCGCAUCUCUGCCGGUGCUUCGGCAUCGUUGUCCGACUACGGAAACAUGGUGUCCAUUUUAUGUACAGUGCACAGGGAAUUCCCGAUUCGUGGAAUCAUCACGUCGGUACCGAUGCUCCUCGCACUCGACAAAGCCACAGCGUUGUCUGACAGCGCAGACCCGGAAGCCGUGUUGCGAGCGAACGCUCUGAGGAUUGUGGUUGCCAAAGUGUGGUUGACCAUCGGCCAGAUUUGGGAAUGCGCUGCUUUGGUGGAUUUGGCCAACAAGGCAUUGGCUACUGUCCCUACAGGAGACGAUCUACCUGUAUCACCUGACCUCGACUUUGCGAUGCAUCCUGCAUAUGAGCCGAUUCCUGUGCCCAGCGGCGGCGACGCCAAGUUGUGGACGGGAAUCAGCUCGGAGCAAGCGCUGUAUGCGAUCUGUGCGUGUCCGGCGGUGCAUGAGUCGAUGGGGCUGGACAUGCAGUCCCUUUUGGCGCGCUUUUCGGCUGUGGAAUGGACACCAGAAUGGGCGCUGAGAGACUCCGUGGAGCGGUCGACGACCUUCGAGUCCACGGUCAGGGGCGACGGGGUCUCACCACUGCUCAAGAUCACGCCAGCGCUGAUGCAUAUCGACAACAUGUCGUUGCAGAGCUUGGCCAAAUCCACUCGUGGGAUCGGGGUGACUGAUCUGCGAGAGGCGCUUGAGGGCCGGAGCAGUAUGUCCAACCCGGCUCUCGUCCGGCCUCCGUCGGUGUCGACACUGGACCAUGCCUCUUCGAUUGGGGGUGAAAGCCGACUGAUGCAGCCGCGCUCCCGGACGAAGUCCAAGCGCCGGCCGACGCCCUCGAGACCGGAUGAAGUGAGAGAAGUUUUAAAUCGUUUGGGCAUAGGGAAGCAGAACGGGAGUUUACUGCGCUCGUCGUUUGCUGUACAGGCUUCGAAGAAACCGGAACCGUAGACGCGUUAUAAUUUCUGUACUUAUUUACAUACAUCGGAACAGGGCCUCCUUCUACUUUG